AAUCGUGUCAGGAAGCCAACGAGGGGGCGGCUGACGUCAUCCAGCGACACGUCAUCUCACGGAAGCUUUCAGACAACCUGCGAGGCGUCCAGCUUCAUUUAAUCAAAAAUGGGUGGCUUCUUCUCCAGCCUCUUCUCAGGCCUGUUUGGAACCAGGGAGAUGAGGAUUUUGAUCCUGGGUUUGGAUGGUGCUGGAAAAACGACUAUUUUGUACCGUCUGCAGGUUGGGGAAGUGGUCACCACAAUUCCAACAAUUGGCUUUAAUGUGGAAACGGUCACAUACAAGAACUUGAAAUUCCAAGUGUGGGAUCUAGGAGGCCAAACAAGUAUCCGACCUUACUGGCGGUGCUACUACUCCAACACUGACGCAGUCAUCUACGUGGUCGACAGCAGCGACCGCGACCGGAUGGGUAUCUCCAAGUCUGAGCUCGUGGCCAUGUUGGAGGAGGAGGAGCUGAAGAAAGCCAUCCUGGUGGUGUUUGCAAACAAGCAAGACAUGGACCAAGCAAUGACGCCAGCCGAGGUGGCCAACGCUCUGGGCCUACCUGCUCUCAAAGACAGGAAGUGGCAGAUCUUCAAGACUUCGGCGACCAAAGGGACUGGCUUGGAUGAAGCAAUGGAGUGGCUGGUGGAUUCACUCAAGAGUCGACAGUAAAAUAACAAGAAAAACACUCAACUCUUUGUAAAUACGAAGCCUUGUGACUGACCUCGCUUCCCGUCUAUUCCGGCCAAACCUGGGACUGAAAAGCCGAGGCCUCGUUUCUCCUCUGAUGGACAAGGUUACUACUUUAAAAUAAAACAAAGUAACCUCGAAUGACAUUCAACCUGGGUGCCUUUGGUUGGCUUAAUCACUCCUCCCGCCCAGAAAGUUGCAAGAAACUCAGUCCCACAGCCAAUUGUUGAGGCCACCAAGUGUUAAUGCAGUCUCUUUUUGUACUUCAUUAAAAUGAAUCCUCCCUGCACUAAUCAUUUGUAUUGCAUAUGGUAAUUUUCUCUUUCAUUCAUGGAACGCUCUUGCUAUAAAUUGUAUGGUUGCAUAUUUAUAUCUGCUUGUACAGUGAAUCAGUAAAGAAUUUUGGUGAUUGUAA